UCCCGGGCAGGCCCCGAUCUCCUCCCUCCCUCCACGGGCACCCCCAUCCCGAACCCCCAUCCCUUCCCCGGCGACUCCCGUCCCUGCGCUGGGCGUUGCCGCGGUCCCGCAUCCCUCGAGCGCUGCUGCGGGCCCCGGGAGCCCCUCAGGCCGCCAUGGACGCUCGCUUCACACGAGGGAAGUCUCCGGUGCUGGAGCGGGCUCUGGGCCGGCCGCGCUCGGAGCUGUCCCUGGCCGCCUUCGCGCUGCUCUUCUCGGAGCUGGUUCAGUACUGCCAGCGCCGCGUGGCCUCGGUGGCCGAGCUGCAGGCCCGGCUGGCCCGCUUGGGCCACCACGUCGGGCUACGAGCUCUGGACGCGCUGGUAGCCCGCGAGCGGCCGGGUCGGCGCGAGACCAAAGUGCUGGGGGUGCUGCUGUUCGUCAAGGGGCCGCUGUGGCGGGCGCUGUUCGGGCGAGAGGCCGACAAGUUGGAGCAGGCCAACGACGACGACCGCACGUUCUACGUGAUCGAGAGGGAGCCGGUGGUGAACACGUUCGUGUCGGUGCCGCGCGAGAACAGCUCGCUCAACUGCGCCGCCUUCGCCGCCGGGCUGCUGGAGGCCGUGCUGGGCGCCGCCGGCUUCCCCGCCCGCGUCAGCGCCCACUGGCACAAGGGCACCACGCUCAUGAUCAAGUUCGACGAGGCCGUCAUCGCCCGCGACAAGAGCCUGGAGGGGCGCUGAGCCGUGGGGACGGCGCGGGGGAUGGGG